CUGCGGCUGGGCUGAGGGCGAGGGCUGCGGUAGCUGGCGCACCAGGAAGUACCGCAAGGCCGCGGCUUCUCUCAGCCACCACAGGCCGGGGGGAAGGGGGCUGUUGUGCAGCAGGGACCCGCGCUGGGCUCCGGGGGCGCGGCUUGUGCCCGCCCGCAGGGUUAUUAGGCGAAGGGCAGGGGCGGGCGCGCAGCAGCCGCCGCUGGAACAGCCCGGUCCGGCCCGGCCCGGCCCAGCCGCCUGGGCUCCGCAGCCGCGUCACAAUCGGGGGCGGGAGCCCUUGAGCGCCCCGCUCCAGCCCAGGGCCCCACGCCGCGCCGCCGUCCGAGCAGCCCGCGCGGGGGUCUCCGGCUUUACCAAGGAGCCGCUGGGCCGAGCCGCCCCGGGGCCCGCUCCCCUAUCCGGCCGUGGGCUCUGCGCGGCUCCUCCCUGCCAGGGGGCACUGCUGGCCGCCGCCCCGCCCCGCCCCGCAUGUGGGUCGGGCCGGGCCGGGCCGGAGCUCCGGGAAGAGGUGGGUCCCAGGCGCUGCACAUUGAUCCCGCAGGAGCAGCGGCAGAGCAGUGCGCGCCCGGGCUCGGAGCCAGCGCAGUGUGAGCAGAGCCCACCCACAACAGCGUCCCGGCCUCGGCCAUGCCGCGCCUUGGCGCCGCGCUGCUCCUCUGCCUGCUGGUGCUGAGCCUGCCCGAGCCCCCUGCCGCAGAAUCUCCACUCCAGUUACCAGCACCACAGAAUGUGACAAUUUACUCAUAUGAUUAUCAGAAUUUAUUGAGAUGGGCUCCUGUUAAAGUGGACAAUGGCUCAGUGUUAUAUACGGUCCAGUAUAGUACCCCAGUAUCCUGUCUUUCGACAGUGACCAAUGUCCGGUGUCCCAGAGGGAAUGAAGAGAACAGAAUGUCCUGUGAGUGUUGGGAAGAAAUUAACUGCACAAACAUUACAAAGACUGAAUGCAAUUUCACACAUCCAAAGAUCAAAAGCUUUUGGACAAUUACUUUACGUGUUAGGGCUGAGCUAGGACAAGUGAAAUCUGACUGGGUGGAAACAAACAAAUUUUUUGCAGACCAAAACACUACUAUAGGGCCUCCUGUUAUAGUAAAUGUGGAUUCAACACCUGAUUCACUUUUCCUUAACUUCUCGCCCAAUGUAAAAGAAGAUAAUUUACAAUAUCUUGUGCGCUACUGGGAGAAAUCAACAAAUGAACGACAUGAAACAGAAUGGACCAAGAAUACCCGAAUCGGACUUCUGAAUCUAAAGCAACUGACAGUGUAUUGUUUUCAAAUACAAGCAAAACUCCACUUAUUAAAUGACAACAUUGGACCAUUCAGCAAAACAUAUUGUCACAAAACUGCAGCUAGUGAUGCAACCAGAGCUGGAUUUGUAGUAAUAAUAUUUGUUGCAGCCACAGUUACUGUGGUGAUCUUAGCAAUUGUCUGUUUCCUUUUUAUUCAGAAAUUUCAUCAAGUCAUUAAAUAUUGGUUUCAACCGCCUUUUAAAAUUCCACUGCAUAUUGAAGAGUAUUUAAAGGAUCCUGAAAUGCCUGUUUUAGAAGAAUUGCAGAAUAAUUGUGCUGAGGAAGAUCCCGGGGACUCCUUGUCAGUUGUUUCCAAUGCAGAAGGAAGUCAAGCCCUUCUGAACACAAAUGUUCAGUCAGACAGCAGAUCCAUUGAAAGUGAAAAAACUUAAUUACAUUGUGGUAGAAGCACCUGUACCAGUGAUAUUGCCUUGAUGCUCUAGAAAGAUGAUAGUGUCACUGUCGACAAACCAAGUUGUGGGAGUCUUGACUUCCUGAGAACAUUGUGUAACCUUGAGUGAGGUUUUUUAAUGGUUUCUACUGCACUUCACCAUAUGAAGUGCCUUCUCCAGGAGAGACUUUUUAAAAACAGAUUUGAAUGUGAACUGGAAAUGAACACUAAAAGAGCAAGAAAAGGACAACAACAUGAUUGGAGUUAAAUGGCUGCAUUUGAACAUCUUUGCAGAAAUGACUGCACUAUUACUAUAAACAUUGUUGUUGGUUAUUAGGUUUGUCUAGGUUCUAACAAAUCUUAGUGGACCGUAGCACUUUAUGGUAGGAUAUGGUACUAGAAAAGAUUUAAUUUAGUGGAUUAUUGCACCAUGAAUGACUAUUGGUCUUGGCCCAUCAGUACGUUUAUAUAAAGUCUGUCCCUUAAUACACAGCAAGUUAGCACUCAGAAAAUGACACUUAAACUUUUACGUAUGUGAAAAAUUGCUCUGUGUAUGGUGCUCUAUAUCUGACGGAAAUAGUA